CACUGCAGCCUACAGACAGUGAACUUUAGACAGGCGGAGGAACAGGUGACUCAGAGUGCAUGAGUCCUUCCGGUAAAGAACACCUUCAGAAAUGGCUAAGUUUCUAACACAAGCUCAAAUCAGCGAGUUCAAGGAGUGCUUCUCCUUGUAUGACAAGAAGCGGAACGGCAGAAUAGAUUCCAAAGAUCUGAUUACGGUCAUGCGCUGCCUGGGUACGAGCCCCACAUUUGGUGAGAUAGACAGGCAUCUACAAGUUCACAAAAUUGAGAAAAAUGGUGAGCUGGACUUCUCCACCUUCCUGACGAUGAUGCACAGACAGAUGCAGCAGGAGGACCCUGGGACGGAGAUCCUGGAGGCUUUUAGGAUGACAGACAAGCAGAACAAAGGAACCAUCCAUGCGUCUGAGCUGAAGGCUAAACUCACUAAGUUAGGAGAGAAACUCACAAAUGAAGAAGUGGAUGAACUCUUCAGGGAGGCAAACGUCAAGUCAAACGGAGUCAUAAACUAUGAAGAGUUCACCAGAAUGGUGACCCUGCCACCAAUUGAUUACUGAGUUUCAAACAACAACAAAAAAGAAGAAAAAUCAUCAAACUUUCUUUAAAUGUGUCCGAAUUACAAAAUAAAAGCAUGGAAUAAGGUUACGUUCUUUGUAUUUUUUUACACAUAUGUAUUUUAAUAAUCUGAUGUGUGAUUUAUUCAUAAAGUUCUUAAUGCACAUGAA